CCUAAACAACCAGAAAAUGACGGUUAACUUGUACAUUUUGUGGUUUGCCACCGUUUUAACACCGGCUCAUGAGGAAAAAGAUAAAUUGUAUCUAUGACUGCAAAAGGCCGCCUAAAUGGACGACAUGAACAUCACCGCCAACGUGAGCAAUGAGCACGUUCCUCCCUUCUACUUCGUCCAGAUCACCCAGACCAUCCUUUUCUCUUUGGUGUGUUUGGUGGGAAUAGCUGGGAACACCCUCGUGAUUUACGUAGUGGUGCGCUACUCCAAAAUGCAAACAGUCACCAACAUGUACAUCGUAAAUCUGGCCAUUGCAGACGAGUUUUUCCUGAUUGGAAUACCAUUUCUCAUAGCCACCAUCCUCCAUGGGCAUUGGGUGUUUGGACACUAUGCGUGUAAAGCUUACAUGAUUACCACCAGUAUUAAUCAGUUCACUAGUUCCAUUUUGCUGUGCAUAAUGAGCGCUGAUCGUUAUAUAGCAGUGUGUCAUCCAAUAUCUUCACCUAAAUGGAGGACUCCUUUCAUCUCCAAAAUGGUUUCGUUCUUUGCCUGGUGCUGCAGCAUCCUCCUGAUGGUUCCCAUCGUCGAACAUGCCCAAGAAGUCGACGGUCCCAAUGGGCAAAACUCCUGUGCGAUUAUCUGGGGAACGGCGGAGUCCGAAAACUUCACCUCAUACUUCCUCAACAACACCUUAACAUCGAGCAACUCCAGCAACUCCACCCAAUUCGACUUUGAGCCGGAUUCCUCCCCCGCCAUCGUUUUCACUAUUUACACGUUUGUUUGCAGUUUUGCCAUUCCCCUAACGCUUAUUUUGUUCUUCUACUCGCAAGUGUUGAGGAAACUGAAGACAGUCGGGCCGAAGAACAAGUCGAGGGAGAAGAAGAAGUCGCACAGGAAAGUGACGAACUUGGUAUCCAGUGUCGUUUUGGUUUACAUUAUCUGCUGGGCACCGUAUUGGGUCACUCAGCUGGCCAUUAGUAACUCCAAUCACAACAAUAUUACCUUGAACAUAACACUUCAUCUACUGGCAUCCUGCCUUAGCUAUUCAAAUUCGGCAGUCAAUCCCAUACUCUACGCCUUUCUGAGCGACAACUUCAAAAAGAGCUUCUGGAAAGCCUGCACGUGUGCAGGCAAUAAGGACGUUAACGCCACCCUCCAUCUGGAGAACAGCGUUUUUCCGAAAAAAUCAAAACCCUCAUCAUCAGAAAGGUUCCGGAAUACAAGAAACACGUCGAUAUGUCCCAAUAUGGAUGAGGAUGGUGAGGCGCCACUGGUGAAAGGCGAUCCCUCAACAUCAGCCACUGCAUUAACAAUGACCAGUCGGAUCAACAUCAAUCUGCACGACAGUCGAGACAAUGUGAUGAUAAAAAACGGAACAGCUCACCAGUCCCAACCCACCAGCUUAUAAUCACCUUUGAAUGGGUGUAUUUUGAAAAUGAGGAGGAUUUUUUGUAGCCAAACAUAUUGUGAACUGGUAGGAAUUGAAUUGGUUUGAAGCGGUGGACAGUCGGUGAUUUUUUUUAUAGUUGAACUGAUGACUUUGAAGAUGCAGAGCUAAACGGAGCGUUGUGAUCUCGCAGUCAUAUAGGAGUUACAAGGUAUCUAACUUCGCAUUAAAAUAAUUAUUUUGUCUGCUUUUUUAACAUAAUUCGGAAACAAACAUUACUAACAUUCUAGCUAAACAUUUAUAAGCUUAAUGAAAAUUGCUGCGUGAAAUUGGACGCAGAUUUUCAUCUCCAGUAUUUGCAAAAUUGUGCGUUGAAAAUAGGUAAAAGUAAUGCGAAUGAAUGAAGCAACUUUCCGCAAUAUAUAGCAAAGUAAAUUUGCAAAAUUUCUUGUUACUUUCGCAAUAAAAACACCACAUCCUUUCCAUCCUUUCGCAACUGAAAACAUAAAAGUUUUGAAUAUUCGAUGUCUUCGUCAUUUAGUUAUUGACUUGUAAAUAUUUAGUUAGUUUGCCACUUUUUUAUAAAUGACAAAAUAUAUAUUAUAUUUAUAGAGUAUAAUUUUAUUUUUACACUAUGUGGUAGAUUUGUAAAGAAAACCAAUUAACAGGGUAACUUAAUGAAUUAACUUUCAUGCGUUUUAUUGAGAUUUCAAAGCGAGCCCAUGAAAUCUCAUAAAAACAAGCCACUUAACUUGUAGGGCCUGUAUGUAUAUCAUUGUUGCUUUCACUGCACAUAAAUAGAUCUUUUCAAAAUAGUACUUAGCCUCCGCAUAUCGAAGAUAAGUUGAGUUUUUAUGCAAAAACUGUACUUACAUAUCAAGUUAUGUAAAUAACUGUGCCCUACAUUGGCGAACAAUUUUCGGCGCAUUUGAGCGUUGAUUAUUCUUUGCCAUGAUCGAUGUUAUGUAAAUAUGAAUUUGUAUAUUUUAUAUGGUUUUUGUUACUACCUGUGAUAUUAACAUAUAUAAAAGUAUUCGACGUUUUAACCAAGCUACGUCUUUGUAUGAGUAGGAAAAACGUCUUGUAGAUAUAAUUAAUUAACACCCAUUUAGUGUAGUUUGUAGGCAAUUAAUUUAUGAAUGAAAUGUUCAGGACCGCCGGACGUUUAUAAUAAAUAUGUCCGAUUUUCACGUAACACAUAGUACUCAUUUGUUAAUAGACUAUUUCUCAAUGUUGUGUACGAAUUAUCGCUAAGUCCCCCUAACAUAACAUAUUGGAAAAUGACUAUUUAUCUGCCAAAUAGUUAAGAGGUGUCGAAAUCUGUAAUGUCUAUUAAUCAAACAUCAAAUAAAUAUUGGCAAAUCA